GUCCCUUUUCCCUUCUCCCCCCGCUCCUCCGGGGGUUGCAAAGGUAAUCCGGGCCCCUCCAGCCUCCCCGGCUUAUCAGCCGUAGGAGAUGCAUUCCGCCGCACGGCUCCCUUCGUAAGGGCGCGCUGGCCGGGCCCCUGCCCGCCGCCCCGAGGGGGGCCUGCCGCCCCGGCAGCCCGGCCGCGCCGCGGGGGGGCCGCGAUGGCAGCCCGCGCCCCUGCCCGCCCCUGAGGGCGGCCGCCGCCGGGAUGUUCGCCUGGCACCGCAGCUUCAGGCUGGCCGCGGCCGGCCGGAGAGCAGGUAAGAAGAGCCCACCUGCCGAGGACAAAGUCGUGCUGACACACAUGAAGAUACUGAGCAAUGAAGGAAUCCAAAACCCCGGGUUGAUCCCAGAGGCUUCCGCUGGCCCAGCCUGCAGGGAAGAGCCCCAGCUCCCCGGUGCCAGCCCGCCACUGGCCCGCCAGGGGACCCCGAAGGCGGCAGCCGCCCCGGCAGACCCUGACUGUGCCGAUGGGCUGGCAGGCACAGACUGCGUAGCCACGCUGCCUGACCUCAGCGCCUUUGAGUCCAAGUGCCGACUUCACAGGUUCUCCAAAUUCGAAUCCGAGGACUCGGGGGUUGAAUUGCCAAGUGGGGCCAAUUCUCCCUCAACGCCGACGGGUUCAGAGAAGAGCUUUGUGCUUCACAGCAGAGACUCAUUUUGUGACUCGGGUGUGCUGAGCACCUCUUCUUCCCCAGAAAUUGACCAUCUGAUGAUGAGAACGCAUAAGGAGCACGCCAGGAAAGUCAGCCACCAAGAUCCAGAGAGCCAACAGCAAGCUGAGUACUACAGCCAGGAGGCAGAUGCCGUGCAGGGUCCUGCAGCUUCCCCUGAAGACCUCAGCAUCCCUCAAGAAGAAAGUCCCAAUGAACAUUCUGACCAGAGCGAAAGGCAAUCUCUGGAAAAGGAGUCCACCCCAGAGACGGACCUUCCCAGGGAAAGCACUCUUCCCACCCCAGGUCCCAUAGAAGAGCCAAAGACAGUUGCUGACAGCUUCCCAGAGAACUUUGGCAGCAUGCAAGACCUUCAGAUCCACGGCCAUCAGCUGAAGAAGUACCCCACAAGCGACAGUCUGGAUGAAUACAUGGAUGAAUGCUGUAGACUGAGCGAGGUGAACCAAGGGAACAGCAAAGCCCUGGGAUCUGGUCUGGGAUACCUGGAACACAUUUGCCAACUGAUUGAGAAGAUCGGGCAGCUGCAGGAACACAACCUGCGUCUCCAAAAGCAAGUGUGCAGCUUGCAGAAAGAACAGAAGAUGAGCCAGAUAAAAGAGGAGUACUUUCUGCAGCACUGCUCCUGUGGAGCUGCCAGUGUCUUCCUCAACUCGUACCAAGACACGAAGACGCUUUUUGCUGGGAGGAACAGACCUCACAGCCUCUUGGUUCAGACUGGAAACCCUUCUGAUCUUUCUAUCAUCCCAGAAAUAGGAGCGAAUGCUGAGAAGCUGAGCAGCUGCAAUGGAAGCGAGAGACACCCUGAAUCAGGAAACAGCCAGCCGAUGGUGGGGCUGAGGAAGUCGUCAAACAGUAGGAACAACAAGGAGAAUGAGUUCAGAGAAGCUGGUGGUGUGGCUGAGGGACAGGCUUUUCCAUCAAAGGACCCUGCAGUGAGAAAGGGUCUGGACAUCAGCAAGAACAAUUCGGGUGAGAGCCACGCUUGGGGAAGAAUGAGAGAUCUUAUGAGAAAGACACGGCUGAGAAACCAGAACAAGCUGGGGCUGUCCUCCGCUGCUCUGAAGAGGUCCUGCCCGCAGCUGUACAGGCCAGAUAUUACGUCUUCGGAGCUGGGGAAAACCGAAAGGAACUCCAUGAUUGUUCUGGGGCAAAACACAAAGAACGAAAACAUAUGGCCUUUCUGAUAACCCAAGUCAAAUGGAGCAAGAGGCAGAGCGGGAGCGCCAGCAAACACACAGCCACGAACCUGGGGCUCUGCACUACCUGCAUCCUACAGCCAUCAACGGAGCAACUCCAACUUGUGCGGGACAGGAAGGGAGAAAGGGGAGAAGGGGGAGGUCUGGAAGGGUCUGUGGACACACACGUGCUCUGCUCUACACGGCUUCGCUCCUGGACCUGAAGCAUACUUACAACGGGCAAGCCAGGGGUGAACGUUGCUGUGGGCAUCGGGGCACCGUAACUGAGGCUUUAAAGUUUGGAAAUUCUUCCUCCUCCCUGGAUUAGGAGCAGAGUUACCUGGAACAUUGAACCUUUUAAAUUAUCGUUGCUUUCUGGGGACCUUCUGCAGCUGAAAUAAGCUUUCUGGGGCAGCGUCUCCUUGUCCCCAGCACGGCUCCUCCCUUCAGAGCAGCAUCUGGCCAACUGUGCCAUUUUACCAGCAUUCAACAGGAAAACCAAGACAUCCUAUGAGGCCAUUCCCAAAUCCACCACUAGCUUCUAACCCCAUGGGCCCACUCCUUCUGCAGACCCCUGGCUGCCUGGCACGGAGCAUGCUUGCUGCCAAGACGGGGAAAGGGGCACUGCGGGAACAAGCCCCUCCAGAGGCUCAGGUUUACCAGGCAGCCCAGCUCUGGUGCUGCCAGCCCUUUUUCAGGGGGAGCCAGGCUUGAAUUCCUACUUUUAAGGUAUAGAGAAGCCCUCUGGCUCUGCAGGUGGGGCAGUCACGCUGCGGUGCAGCUCAGCCUGUGCGCUCUCCACUGGGAAAAGGUGGGAGGGAGAGCAGAGCUGCAAGGAAGUUACUCACAUAUGUACCUCCUUUAGGUCAGGUUAACAACUGUGUAACACCAAGGCUGGGUUUGGUGGCUGCCUUAUUGCCACAUGUCCACAGAUUCCAGACCCAAGGGACAGGCAGCACAUGCUUCCAAAGAUCCCAUGGUGGCAGCGAUCUCUGCACACCAGCUGUUAUUGGUACCAGCACAGUAAUUAAUGCACAUGGAGUAAAGAUUUAACUAAACCAACUUUGCCUCUUGUUAAAAAAUUAUUCUGCUCCCCUAAAUUACAAUAUAACUGCAAGUCAAGCAAUUGCUGUUUAGAAAUUCCUCCCCAACCCAAGCUUGCCUGGGAGCCGCGAUUUGAGAAGCUGGCAGGCAUGGAUCAGCCUCAGCAGGCGCAGUCUUCCAUAGCAGCUGCUUCACCCAUGCUCACCCAGAGCCCUUGGAGUCCUCAAAACCAGGGCAGGAUCUCUUCUGAGAUUCAAAGCACCCCAACCACACUCUCCCAGAGCAGCUGUAGUUUGCAGGGGCAAGUGAACACAGCAGCUCAAACUCAGCUCUCCAAGUACUCAGAAGGUUUGUUACUUAGCAUCUAAAAAAAAAACCCCAAAGCAAACAAAAAAACC